AAUAAACGUCGUUUCGGUACACAAAUAGAAAAAAAAAUGUUAGAAUUUGUUUUGAUUUUGGUCGUUGGUGUACUUUUGUACAAGAUGAUAAAACAAAACUCAGGUAGAGACUGUACGGAAAACCUACCCCCGGGACAGAUGGGACUACCUAUAUUGGGAGAAUCUCUGCAGUUCAUUUACAAAAAGGCGAAGUUUUUCGACGAAAGGCGUAAUAAGCAUGGACAUAUAUACAAAACUCACCUGUUUGGGAACCCCACGAUACGUAUAUCUGGAAAGAAAAAUCUGGAGAAACUGUUCGCCGCAGAAAAUAAACUUUUGCAGAGUGCUUAUCCAACCUCAGUUAAGACAAUCAUAGGUAAAAAUACCUUGGCGACCUCCGCUGGAAAAGUCCAUGCGGACAUGAAAGUGCAAAUAUUGAGAUGUUUUUCUCCGGAAUUCUUUGAGCAAAAAUUCCCGGAGAUAUCCCAUUUCUUAACAGAUCGCAUUUACGACUGGUGUCGCAGUUCCCAAGUUACAAUAUUUUCCGAACUCCAUUCCACGUUUUUGGAACUUGCGUCAGUAUCCUUAGUCAGCAUGGAUAUGCCAAAAAGUGAAAAAACGCGGAUCCAAACUCUUUAUCAUGAGAUCACGGAUAAUCUAUUCACACUUCCAAUAAAUCUACCUGGAUUCGGUUUCCAUAAGGCACUGAAGGCCAAGGAAGAACUGAAUAACUUAUUCCGGAACAGAAUAAAGAGAGACGGAAAGACCUCUUGCGAACAGUUUCCGGCAAUUCUGGAGACAUUUUACAAAGCCCAGAAUUCUGACUUUGAGGAGGAUGAUCUAGUUAAUGGCAUAUUCGAGCUGAUCUUUAACGCAGGAGAGACAAUUAGCGCCUCUGCGAUCUGUGUCCUUUGUCAUCUCUCGCAAUAUCCACGUGUCGUUGAAAAACUUCGAGACGAGCUGUCGAGCGUUGACCUCCUGACUCCCCCAGAAGAAAACAACAACGAUGUUGUUAAUCUCAAGCCAGAGGUCCUAAACAAAUUGUCUUAUCUCGAUUGCGUUUAUAAGGAGAUAUUAAGAAUUAGUCCUGCCAUAGGCGGAUCCUACAGAAAAGUUCUUCAGACGUUUGAGUUGGAGGGGUACACGAUUCCGAAAGACUGGACUGUAGUGCUAGGGAUUCGAGACACCCACCAGACAGAAACACAACUAUCUGAUCCCUCCGUGUUCUAUCCGGAAAGAUGGCUGGAUGACGACUCUUCAAAACUAUCUUUCUUCACCUUCGCAAGCGGGCCCAGAAGAUGUCCUGGUAAAGGAUACGCCAGCCUCGUUUUGAAACUCUUUAUUGUCAAACUUUGCCAGCAAUGUGAUUUUACAUUGUCCGAAAAGAACCCUGAAAUGGUUGCCUUGCCAACACCAAGACCAAAAAAUAAUCUUACGGGGAAAUUUAUAUCCCGUAAAGUAUGAGGACAUCCCAUGAUCUCUAUUUUUGAACUUGGGUGAAAUUGUAGUUUUGCUUUAUAACACAAAAUGUAAGUUGGGUAUAACGUUUUGAUCAACUGAUGACGUCAUCCUAACAAGCAGACUUGGCAACAUUUGCCGGCCAUUUUGUAACUCGAGUGAAAUUGGGCACUGCCAUAAAAAACGAGAAACUAGCUCUGAUGAGAGUUGUAUAUAUAGAGUCCCGGUGAUAAUUUUAUAUGUUUUUGACCUUUUUUUACCACAGACUUUCGUUUUUUAUGCUUUCUGACAUACGCACCGUCAGAUACGAAAUGCAAGAGUUUUAUAUUAGCCUUAUCAAUCUGUCUGUAACCAUGUUGGUGACUACUUCUGAUGUCCAUUUAUUGUUUACCUUAUGAGUAUUUUGUCAUCUUAUUUUUUUGAAAGAAAUCCUAAUGGUUUUGUUUUAAAGCUACUGAGGAAUUUGAAGCACAAUAUGAAGCAAUAUGUCCAUGAAUUUACACAUUCCUUGAACUUUUAAAAAAAAUUUAUUUGCAAAAACUGCCUUUUGGUUCAAAUGCAUUUGGUGGUUUAUACGGCCUACAAGUGUAUUGACUAUUAUACGAAAUGGAUCACUUUUGUUUGUACAAAUUGAUUUUCUUUGCCUUUAACGUUCAUUGAGCGUUUAGGAAUUAAGUGUAAGCAUGUUUUUUUUUUUCAUUGAUUUUGAUCUGCCUUGAAGUUUUAUUGUGAAAUAAAUUUGUCGUACUAUCAUGCGACCUCUCCGAUGCAGAUCGUACAAAGCAUGUUCGGGUGCGAAGAGGCAUUUAAGCGAAUCACAGAUUCAUCAGGCGUAUCAAUACAGUCUGUGUAGAGCAGUUCAAAUCUACAAAACAACAACACGGGAUUUAUCUAAUAAAUCUAUACAAACUUGUUUUGAUUUCAUGUAGUCUUAUACCUUCCAAAACAAAUACUGUAAAGCCAUAUGAUGUUCUUCCAAUUCCCAAACUAGUGAAACACCGAACAACAAAGAAAAUCAAGAUUAUUUACCGUUUAGAUGUAUGUAUUAUUUAUUUUUUGUCAAUCAAUAUGUAUUGUGUUUAGAAUGUGAAUAAAUUUUGAACAAUUAA